AUGCUCGAGACACAAAUCUCUCAAGUGGCACAGCAACAAGCACCUACUGCCGCACCUGCUGGGACAUUUCCAGGACAGCCACAACCAAACCCAAAAGGACACGCUCAUGCUAUUAUUCUGCGAAGUGGUAGAGAGAUGGAUGAACCGACUGACCCUAGGCUUAAAAACCCUGCUAUGUUCCAAAGCCCUAGGAAGACAACUGAGGAGGAAAGUAGACCCAAGAAUAAACCGAGUGAUCCGAAAGAGAGAGAGGACAAAGAAGGCGAGACGGAGGAGAAAGAAGCGCCAUACAUACCUCCACCACCUUAUAAACCACCUAUCCCAUACCCUCAAAGACUCGAGAAAUCUAAAAACAUAGGGCAGUUUAAGAAAUUUGUUGAACUUCUUAAACAGUUGAACAUCACAAUUCUGUUUACAGAAGCCAUUACCCAAAUGCCCUCAUAUGCUAAGUUCCUAAAAGAAAUCCUAUCGAAUAAGAAGAAAUUAGAAGACAACGAGACCAUAACACUCACUGCUGAAUGUAGUGCAAUAAUUCAAAAUAAGAUGCCACCUAAGCUGAAAGACCCAGGAAGUUUCUCCAUACCCUGCAAUAUAGGAAAAUUUGUCAUAGACAAAGCUUUAUGCGACUUAGGAGCUAGUAUUAGCCUAAUGCCUUUGUCCAUUUGCGAGAAACUAAACAUGGGAGAUCUAAGACCAACCAAGAUGUCAGUACAACUUGCAGACUGA